UAUUUUUCUAGAAUAUUCGGUGGAAGCUUCACUUGGAAUUAUUUUCUCAAAGCGUGACAUUUUACGAUUUGCCGUUGCGUUUGUUCAAAAUUGGUGAACUUUUUCUCGCAAUUUUUGCUAUUUUUUUGAGUUAAUUUUCUAUUUGUUGGAUAUUUAUCUGUUUUAUAUACCAAGAUGCCGGAAGACGUAGCUAUGCAAGAAGUCGAAACCUUCGCGUUUCAAGCUGAAAUCGCUCAGUUGAUGUCCCUUAUCAUCAACACUUUCUAUUCGAACAAAGAAAUCUUUCUUAGAGAAUUGAUCUCAAAUUCAUCCGAUGCUUUAGAUAAAAUUAGAUACGAAUCCCUAACCGAUCCUUCUAAAUUGGAUUCCGGUAAAGAAUUAUUCAUCAAAAUAGUUCCCAACAAAAAUGAUAGAACUUUAACCAUCAUCGAUAGCGGUAUCGGUAUGACGAAAGCAGAUUUAGUCAACAAUUUGGGCACAAUCGCAAAAUCCGGCACGAAGGCGUUCAUGGAAGCAUUACAAGCUGGCGCCGAUAUCUCGAUGAUUGGUCAAUUUGGUGUGGGUUUCUACAGUGCCUACUUAGUCGCCGACAAAGUGGUCGUGUCUUCAAAACACAACGACGAUGAACAAUACCUUUGGGAAUCGUCGGCCGGUGGUUCGUUCACGGUGCGACCUGAUCCGGGUGAACCUUUAGGUCGUGGUACGCGAAUCAUCCUACACAUCAAAGAAGACCAAGCCGAGUAUCUAGAAGAACGUAAAAUCAAGGAAAUCGUCAAGAAACACUCGCAGUUUAUCGGUUACCCAAUCAAAUUGCUCGUCGAAAAAGAACGCGACAAGGAACUCAGCGAAGACGAAGAAGAGGAAGAAGAAGCAGCUGAAAAGAACGAAGAAGAAAAAGACGACGAAGGUAGCGGCGACCAAAAACCCAAGAUCGAAGACGCCGACGACGAGGACGAAGAUAAAGAAAAAGAAAAGAAAAAGAAGAAGAAAACUAUCAAAGAGAAAUACGUCGAAGACGAAGAACUGAAUAAAACUAAACCGAUCUGGACUAGAAACCCAGACGAUAUUACUCAAGAUGAAUACGGCGAAUUCUACAAAUCGUUGACUAACGACUGGGAAGACCAUUUGGCUGUGAAACACUUCUCGGUCGAAGGUCAACUCGAAUUCAAAGCUCUGCUUUUCGUUCCUCGUCGCGCUCCUUUCGAUUUAUUCCAAAACAAGAAAUCCAAGAACAACGUCAAAUUAUACGUUAGACGAGUAUUCAUCAUGGAUAAUUGCGAAGAUGUCAUCCCCGAAUAUCUGAGUUUCAUGAAAGGCGUCGUCGAUAGCGAAGAUUUACCUUUGAACAUCUCUCGUGAAAUGUUACAACAGAAUAAAAUCUUGAAAGUUAUCAGGAAGAACUUGGUCAAGAAAUGUUUAGAAUUAUUCGAAGAACUGGCCGAAGACAAAGAUAACUACAAGAAAUUCUACGAACAAUUCAGCAAGAAUAUCAAGUUAGGUAUUCACGAAGAUACGCAAAACCGUAAAAAGUUAUCCGAUUUAUUACGUUUCCAAACUUCGGCCAGCGGCGACGAAAUGUGCUCGUUCAAGGAUUACGUAUCGCGCAUGAAAGAAAACCAAAAAGACAUCUACUUCAUCACCGGCGAAAACAAAGAUCACGUUGCCAACUCUUCAUUCGUCGAACGUGUCAAGAAACGCGGUUUCGAAGUUAUCUACAUGAUCGAACCGAUCGACGAAUACGUCGUACAGCAAAUGAAAGACUACGAAGGUAAAACUUUGGUAUCCGUAACGAAAGAAGGUUUAGAAUUACCCGAAACCGACGAAGAAAAGAAAAAGAAAGAAGAAGACAAAGCGAAAUUCGAAAACCUCUGCAAGGUUAUGAAAGACAUCCUCGACAAGAAGGUGGAAAAAGUCGUCGUCAGCAACCGAAUGGUCGAAUCGCCGUGCUGUAUCGUUACAUCUCAAUACGGUUGGACUGCCAACAUGGAGCGUAUCAUGAAAGCUCAAGCUCUUCGUGAUUCUUCCACCAUGGGUUACAUGGCCGCCAAAAAGCACAUGGAAAUUAACCCAGAUCACGCCAUCAUCGAAACAUUGAGACAGAAAGCCGAUACCGAUAAGAACGACAAAGCUGUGAAAGAUUUAGUCAUCCUUCUGUUCGAGACCUCCCUUCUUUCGUCCGGUUUCAAUCUGGAGGACCCUCAAGUUCAUGCCACCAGAAUCUACCGCAUGAUCAAGUUGGGUCUGGGUAUCGACGAAGACGACGCCGUUAUGCAGGAAGACGAUAAAAUCGACGCCGAAGUUCCCGCUGCUGCUGUAGCCGCCGAAGACGAAGAAGAUCUCUCGCGUAUGGAAGAGGUGGAUUAAAAUGUACCAAACGUGUUUUGGUUGAUUGGGUUUUCUGAUUAGGUCUAUUUUUGGGGCAGGAGUCGGCGGAGUUAGUAAUUUUCAUCGUUUUCUCGUGUUUUUUCCACGAUCGAAAAUUAUCGUUCCUUUGUAAUUCCAUGUAUGUUUUAUUUUUCUUUUUUACCUAAGACUUUCUUGUUCGAAGUUUGAUUAAUAAAACCGCUGCUGUGUUUGUGUAAUUCAA